AUGUCCUCACAGUCAUCUGCGGUCUCUAGUGCGGGAAAGCGAAAACGAACUUCCAGUUCGGACAUGUUUACAACUGACAAAAUGCCAACAGCAGAUCAACUUCAGCCUUCUUCUCGAGAUGCGUCAGGAGAGGAAGGAGAGUCAACAGCUCCAGAAUCUGGUGGCCCACAGUUUAAAAAAGGAACCCAUUUAGAGGCAAACAAUCCUCCAGCCAAACGCUUGCGACCUGGAACUCGUGAGAAAGUGCUUAAGGCCCCUGAUAGCCUUCAAGAUCCUGGCGAGCCCUCAGAUACAACUGAAUGUAGUACGGAUAUUGCAGACAGAGUAGGAAGAAAAGGACGGAAGUGUUCAUCAAAAGAUGAGGAAAGAACUCAAUGUAUGGCGCCUCCGCCACUCGGCCAGCUAAUACACCCUCUCGGAUACACCACCAGCCCACCACCAAGCGGACGUCCAGUCCGUGUCUAUGCAGACGGUGUCUUUGAUCUGUUUCAUCUCGGGCACAUGCGCCAACUUGAACAGGCUAAGAAGGCCUUCCCCGAUGUUUAUUUGAUAGUGGGUGUAACUGGUGACAAGGAGACCCACAAACGUAAAGGCCUUACAGUUCUCUCUGGCCAAGAGCGAGCCGAAACCGUGCGACACUGUAAGUGGGUUGAUGAGGUUAUCGAGGACUGUCCUUGGAUUGUUACGCCCGAAUUUCUUGACGAAAUUAAGAUUGACUAUGUUGCACACGACGAUCUGCCAUAUGUGGCAGAUGAGGGUGAUGAUAUCUACAAGCCAAUUAAAGAGGCUGGCAAGUUUUUGGUGACGCAACGAACAGAAGGAGUCAGUACUACAGGUAUUAUCACCAAAAUCGUCCGAGAUUAUGAAAAGUAUAUUACUCGACAAUUUAAGCGCGGAACUUCUCGUCAGGAACUCAAUGUCUCAUGGCUGAAAAAGAACGAACUUGAUCUUAAGCGUCAUGUUUGUGAAAUGAGAGAUGCUAUUAGGACUAACUGGACAACUACAGGCCAAGAGCUGGGAAAAGAAUUAAGACAGUUUUGGCAAGCUAGCCGACCUGGUAGUCCUGCCAGGCUGGUUAGCUAUGACGAAUCAUCCCGAACUGGAUCACUUCCGAACUCAACUGCCCUCUCUACCCCUAAUCGACGUUUAGAGAUACAAAGAACUGACAGUACAGGUCCUGGAAGCGAUUUCGCUACAGGAUAUAGCUUAGGUUUAAUCGGUGGGGUCCGUUCAUGGAUGACACGAAGUCGCCAAAACAAUCUCGAUAGUUUACAAGGAAGUGAUAGUAGUGAGGAUGAAUGUGAUGAGCGUUUAUAUUCGGAUCGCACCAAGGCAGGAGGGAAUGAGGAGCAAGUUCAGAUUCAAAUCGAGGCAAUGAUGAUAGAGAAAUCAAAGGAAUCUGGAGUGUAG